AUCCGAUUCUCAGCACUAAUUUUUAUUCAUAAUUUAUUGACAUCGAUUCAUUGAAGAAAUUUCUUUUGCUAUUCGACGUUGCAACUUGCAAGUCGCAAGUCGCAAAUGCGGCUGAUGUAUACCGACCGGCGACCACGUGAUUAUACAUGCGGCAUCGCAGCAGCACACAUUGGUUAUAGUCUUGCUGUCUGCGAGAGCGUAUAAAAUACAAAACGCGUGUAGUGUACCGGUUGUACCCGGCAGUUCAGUUCGCAUCACACGAGUACAAUUAUUAGUAAUAAAAAUGCUGAAGGGUUUGGUAACUUUGGUGACUGGAGGAGCCUCUGGUUUGGGCCGAGGGACAGUCGAGAGGUUCAUUCGCGAGGGUGGAAAAGUAAUCAUUGCAGAUCUACCAUCCUCUAAAGGAGGUGAGCUAGCUCAAGAACUUGGGGAAUCAGCUGUAUUCGCACCAAUGGAUGUCACAUCUGAGACUGACGUUCAGAACGCUUUAAAAUUAACAGAAGAAAAAUUUGGACGUCUUGAUGUUCUGGUCAAUGCUGCGGGUAUAGCUGUCGCAUACAAAACAUUCAAUUCAAAUAAAAUGGAACCCCAUCAAUUGUUGGAUUUUGAAAAAGUUAUUAGAGUCAACACUCUUGGUACUUUUAAUUGUAUCAGAUUAGCUGUUGGAGUUAUGUGCAAAAAUGAACCUAGCACAGAUGGUCAAAGAGGUGUUAUCAUUAACACUGCCAGUGUUGCUGCAUUUGAUGGCCAAAUUGGUCAAGCUGCUUACUCUGCAAGCAAAGGAGCCAUCGUUGGAAUGACUCUACCUAUUGCUCGUGAUCUAUCUAGAGAUGGCAUUCGAGUUGUAACAAUAGCACCUGGACUAUUUGAUACGCCACUGUUGUCAAAACUGCCCGAUAAGGUACGCAGCUUUUUGGGAAAAAGCAUACCUUUUCCUCAGCGGCUUGGUAAACCAGAUGAAUAUGCUAGGCUUGCUCAGGAUAUUGUGGGCAAUCCAAUGCUCAAUGGUGAGACCAUAAGAUUGGAUGGUGCUCUUCGCAUGCAACCUUAAAGAUAUUAUGCGCAAUUUGAUUUAUUCAACAUAAAUCAUAGUGAUUCACUGUUAGAUAUUAAUUUUUUUUAUUGUUAUUUUAGCUAUGAUACUUAUAAAACAUUGUUAUUCGUAAUUGUUGUUAUUAAUAGGUCGACUUUGUAACUCAGCUUGUCACUGACCAUGAAAACAUUUUCUACACUCGUUUAUUUAACUCUUGUUUACAUAAGUAGCAGUAGUUUUUAUAUCGACUCAUUUUUCGUCUUGACAGAAAACUCAAGCUGAAUAAAACUUGAAACAACAAA